GACUUUCCUCAUGAUGACAUCCGAACUCUAAGUACUGGGUCCCCAAUCCGCAACCUCCACCCAAAUGACAGUCACUUCACCCAGCACAGAGAACGGCGUAAAUCCUGAGAAAGACCUUCCAGCAACCUUGCAUGAUGGCGACGACGACGAGGGCGAAGACGAUGGCCCUGUUGAGGUUUCUGGGACAGGAGAGGGAAAGAAGAAGAAGAAGAAGAAACCUAAGAAGAAGAAGGCUGAACAAAGCGAUCCUCCUAGAAUUGGUCUGUCCAAGUUCUUCCCUGACGGUAUUUAUCCAGAGGGUGAGAUACAGCCUUACAAAGACGAGAAUACCUGGAGAACCACUUCAGAAGAAAAGCGAUAUAAUGAACGCAUAGCAAACGAAGAUCCAGAGCUUACAUAUCAGAGCAUUCGCCGAGCUGCUGAAGUUCACAGGCAGGUUCGAAGGCACGCACGAAAGCACAUACGUCCUGGAAUGACUAUGACGCAAAUCGCAGAGAAUAUUGAAGACGGCACUCGUGCUUUGGUGGAGGAAAGCGGUUUGGAGUCGGGUGUUGGCUUUCCCACUGGUUUAAGUCUGAACAACUGCGCCGCGCACUACACGCCAAAUGCUGGCGACACGACAAUCCUACAAAAUGGCGACGUACUAAAGGUCGAUUUCGGAGUGCACGUCAAGGGAAGAAUCCUGGACUCUGCGUUUACGCUUACUUGGGAGCCAACUUAUGACAAGUUGGUGGAAGCUGUCAAAGCAGCAACAAACACUGGAAUACGCGAAGCGGGCAUUGAUGUUCGUUUAGGUGAAAUUGGUGCUGCCAUACAAGAGACAAUGGAGUCAUAUGAAGUUGAAGUCGGGGGUAAAGUUUAUCCCGUGAAGUGCAUAGAGAACCUGAGUGGACAUUCUAUCAAUCCGUAUCAAAUACACGGUGGAAAAUCCGUCAUGCUGGUAAAGAAUGAGGAUCAGACGAAAAUGGAAGAAGGUGAAUAUUUUGCGAUAGAGACAUUCGGAUCGACUGGCAGGGGACGGGUCGUUGAAAGUGGAGACUGCUCGCAUUAUGCCAAGAUCUACGAUGCCCCACAUGUACCACUCCGCCUUACGUCGGCAAAAUCUCUGUUGAAGUCUAUCACGAAAAAUUUUGGUACCCUACCUUUCUGUCGGCGUUAUCUUGAUCGAGUUGGAGAGAGCAAGUAUCUGCUAGCGCUCAAUCACUUGGUAACGCAAGGGAUUGUACAUGAUUAUCCCCCCUUGUGCGAUGCACGGGGUGCUAUGACUGCACAGUUUGAGCACACGAUAUUGUUGCGGCCCACAGUAAAAGAAGUAGUGAGCAGGGGUGAUGACUACUGAUACCACAAUGUGUAGAAUUGGUCUAGCAGCUGUUCGUCUUUUGCAGUAUACUGGCGAUUUGUGAUAGACUGGUCAUAAGUAUUAUAUGGUCUGCCGAGAUAUAUUCAGAUCUAAAUAUAGCUACCACUAUACAUAUCGUGAUUGUGUACGAGUCAUUGCUCAUCAAGAACGUCUACGUGGAAAAGGUUCGAACACACUCUCAGCAAACUUGAGCAUAUUCUGAAAAGUAUCAGGUGCCGAGUAGUGUUGGUUGAGUGAGUGCCUACGGUGCUGUCCUGUUGGCGGAUGACAGUCUGGUAUAGGUGCAAACGAUGGUAACUCACCCGGUAUUACCUGGGAUAUACGUAGAAAAGGAACUUGCGGCUGGAAAUAGCUCUUCCGCAUAGUCAAUUAUACUAUUCCGAGUGCUUCCAGGGGGAACAGCGUAGCAGUUUGCAAAGCAAAAGAUCCAAUCUUUGUCCCCAGUUACGAUAUGAACUGGACCCAAAAAUUCAGUUGACACACGAGGGGGUGCACUGCUUGUGAGAAUUAGCCCCUGUGACACAGGUUGCUCUAGCUUC